AUGGCCGCCGAUACCAUCCAUACCAAAGAGACCUUCACCACAACCACUUCCUCGACUGAAAACAUCGCCACCCAGGUCCAGGCCCUCGACAUCAAGAACCCCCAUAACCACCACCAACACCAUCACCAUCUCCUGCACAAGUACAACACCGCCAAAACCGACGAGACUGACGAUGAAGAUGACGACUCAUGCUGCGCUCGUUCCCCUGUUACUCUGGGACCUAGCCCCUCGGUCGCCAAGGAACACGGCCUUGCUCGUUUGAUCAAGAACAACCGUGCCUGGUCCAAGGCCAUCAAGGAGCGUCAACCGGAUUUCUUUGAGAAGUGCUCCCAGGGUCAGCAGCCCAAAGUCUUCUGGAUCGGAUGCUCUGAUUCUCGUGUCCCCGAGAACGAACUUCUUCAACUCGCACCAGGAGAAGUAUUCACACACAGGAACAUCGCAAACGUCGUCGUGAGCACAGAUCUGAACUGCCUCUCCGUCCUCCAGUACGCAGUCGAGGUCCUCAAGGUCGAACACGUGGUAGUCUGUGGCCACUACGGCUGCGGAGGUGUUGCCGCCGCCCUGGGUGACCACUCCUAUGGCCUCAUCGAUCACUGGCUCGGAAACAUCAAGGAAGUCAAGGCCCAACACCAGGAUAACCUCGACCAGAUCCUUGACCAGGAAGAGAAAUGUCGCGCUCUGGUUGAGAUUAACGCCAGGAACUCGGUCUUGACGGUCGCAAAGUCACCGAUCAUGAAGGCUGCGUGGGAAAGAGGGCAGAAGGUUGAGAUUGUCGGAUUGGUGUAUGAUAUACAGACGGGCUUGUUGGGAGAGUUAGGAUACCAUCUUAAGAGCGCGGAGGAUCUGAAGGCACAGUUGAGUGUUGAUUCCAGUACCCUCUUUGCAGCACGUGAUACCGUCGCCAUCACUCGCUCUUAA